AUGGCUGAUAAUGGAAAGAAACAAAGUGAGGAAAGUACAGCCCAGGUGGUGGAGAAUCACGCACAUUCCAAGUCACAUGACCUGCUGUAUUCUGUGGAAGACAACCCUCCCUGGUAUUUGUGUAUUGGACUUGGACUUCAGCAAUAUUUGACGGCAUUUGGCUCCACUCUAACUGUACCUUUGUUGCUAGCCCCGAAAUUCUGCAUGGCGGACGACUACCUUAGCAUCAGUCAGCUGAUCAGCACGGUUUUCUUUGUGUCGGGCAUGUGUACGCUAAUUCAGACUACGGUAGGAUGCAGACUGCCCAUCAUUCAAUCAACUUCGUUUUCCUUCGUGACUCCGGCCAUUGCCAUUCUAUCCCUGCCAAAGUGGUGCUGUCCGUUCACUGAUGAAGAUCGCUGUGGUAUGAACGAGACGGACCUACCGACUGUGGGCAGUGAAGAACAUCAGUACAUGUGGCAGGCGAGAAUCACUGAAAUUCAAGGCGCUAUAGUGGUUUCAGCUUUGUUCGAGGUUGUGGUUGGGUUCAGCGGCUUGAUGGGCUUUCUCUCGCGCUUCAUCGGACCGUUAGCUACAGUCCCUACCGUCAGCCUUAUUGGACUGUCCUUGUUCAAAGCUGCCUCCAAUCAGGCCUCCGACUAUUGGUGGGUGGCUGUUCUUUGUCAUGUGGUGAGAGUUCGAUCUCAAAACUCGAACCAGUUUUCCCAGUAUCUCCGUGGCUUAUCUUUUCCUAUACCAAUAUACAGGAAAGGUCAGGGAUGUGGAUUCGGCCGAUUUGCCCCCUUGAAAUUGUUUCCUGUUCUGCUGGGAAUCUGCCUGUCCUGGUUGGUGUGUUACAUCCUGACGGUAACCAAUGCGCUCACCUCUGACCAAGAGGAAUGGGGGUACCGGGCUAGGACAGACUCUGGGAUAUAUGUGCUGAACAACGCCCCCUGGUUCAGGUUCCCUUAUCCAGGGCAGUGGGGUGCGCCUGUAGUGACUGCGGCUGGAGUGUUCGCUAUGCUGGCCGGUGUACUCGCAUCAAUGGUAGAGUCCAUAGGAGAUUACUACGCCUGUGCCCGGUUAAGCGGUGCUCCUCCACCACCCGAUCACGCUCUUAACAGAGGGAUCGGAUUCGAGGGCAUUGGUUGUGUUCUAGCGGGGGUUUGGGGUUCUGGGAACGGCACAACUACCCACAGCGCGAACAUCAGAGCUAUUGGAAUCACCAAGGUUGGCAGUCGGUGGGUCAUGCAGGCAGCUGGUUUCACAAUGAUACUGCUUGGAUGUUUGGGCAAAUUCGGGGCCUUGUUCGUUACUAUCCCUACUCUCGUCGUCGGCGGGAUGUUCAUGAUCACGUUUGGAAUGGUGGCAUCGGUGGGACUGUCCAACCUCCAGUUCAUGGAUCUCAACUCGUCAAGGAAUCUUUUUAUUCUCGGGUUUUCUAUUUUCUUUGGACUGAGCUUACCUGACUGGAUCAGUAAAAAUCCUACCGCCAUUCAAACAGGGAGCGAAGCUGUGGAUCAGAUCCUGACAAUCUUGUGCGAUACUGGUAUGUUUGUCGGCGGAUUUUUUGGCUGCUUGAUGGACAACACCAUUCCAGGCACAGAAGAAGAAAGAGGGAUUCUGACAUGGCGCCAGAUGACCGAUGACGCCACUGAUGAAGCAUUCGGCAUGAACGUGGCCAGCACCAGUAUUUACGACCUUCCGUUGGUUCAAAAGUUUUUCAACAGGUGGAACUGGACGAGUUAUUUCCCCUUUUGCCCGACUUUUCGCGGAUUUAGCAGCUGUUGCCGAUGCCGAAAGAAGCUAGAUGCUGAUGAUGAAGAAGAAGGAGGAACCGUCAACAUGGGAUAUGUGAACGGAACUGAGCGCUCUGACUGUACAGAGGAAAAGGCUACGAAAUUGUAG